AUUGUAUUAAGCAACCAGCCAAAUAAGCACAGUUGGUCUAAAUGUCAACAAUUCAAAAACAAAGCAAAAUUUUGACUAGCGUGUUGACUGUUGAGGUUAGAACGUAGAGGCCAAGCAACCAUUCAGGCAUUUAAGGGCCUGCCUGGGAAAGAAAAGAGCAUAACAUGACUGCAUAAGCUCCAAGUUCUUUAAAAAUGGAGGAAGUGAAGUUGCUAGGAUCAUGGGGCAGUCCAUUUAGUUACAGAGUUUUAUGGGCACUCAAACACAAAGGAGUGAAGUAUGAAUACGUGGAAGAGAAUGUUUUCAACAAGAGCGAGUUGCUUCUUAGGUCUAAUCCAGUUCACAAGAAGAUUCCAGUACUGUUUCAUGGUGGAAAACCGAUUGCAGAAUCCAUUGUCAUUCUUGAAUAUAUAGAGGAGAUAUGGCCUGAAAACCCCUUGCUUCCACAAGAUCCUUAUGAAAGGACCCUGUCUCGCUUCUGGAUCAAGUUUGGAGAGGAUACGGCCCCUACAUUCUACAAAUUCUUUCAUACUGUUGGAGAAGAGCAAGUGAAGGCGACAAAAGAAGCUAGACAACUGCUAAAAAUUAUAGAAGAGCAUGGGCUUGGAGAGAAGAAGUUUUUUGGGGGUGACAAGAUUGGAUUGACUGAUAUAGCCUAUGGAUGGGUAGCUUGUUGGCUUGAUGUCUUAGCAGAAGCAGCUGGUGUUCAACUGCUGGAAUCUGACAGCUUCCCUCGAUUACAGGCAUGGGCUGAAAACUUUAAGGAAGUGCCACUGAUCAAAGAGAACCUCCCUAACCGUGAUAAAAUGUUGACUUUUUUCACACUCCGCAGGGAGAAAAUUAUUGCAUCAGCAAACUCUUAGAAGCAAGGACUGUGUUUCUGCAAUUCAAAGCCACAUAUGAACAGUUUCCAUCAAGUUUGCUAAUGGGGAAAAUUCAAUACAAUCGUCUGAAAAAUAAAGCCAUGUGGAAGGGAAAUCAGCUCCUGUUACCCUCUUCAACAUUUCAUGGAUCUCGUUUUGGCUGUCUUAAAACUCUUAUCCAACAUCAGUUAGCACAUCCCUGGUCAAUCUUGGCUGAGAAUGAAUGACACUGAGGUUCCUCUUGGUUUGGAUAGUCAGCAAUUGUUUCUUCUCGUGUUGCUCUGUAAUUCAUCGCCAAAAUCUUGCUUUGCGUUUUUAUUCUCUUGCUCUGCUGUUAGUUACAAUGGUAGAUUUUGAGGCUA